AUGUAAAAAUGUAUUUCAUAUCCUCUUAAAACUUAAAAGAAACAUAAACAAUUUCGAUUAACUUCAAAUGAUCUACUUUAGAAAUUAUUAGAUUUCAAACAAACAAAAGAAACCCUGAAUGGUUAUAAUUAAAAUAAGACUAAAGCAAAAAGUGGAAAUUUAGCUAAGCAAAUUUCAAAAUCAAUUUUUAUUGGAAGUUAAAGCUAUAAAGAAGUAGAACCCAUUAUUAUUGAAAAUCAUCCUCAAAACAAAAAAGAUGAGAUCAUUCAUAAAUUAAAAAAAAAAAGUCAUGUAAGACAAAUAAAUUAGAUAUGGUCAAUAAGAAAUAGAACUGAUAGUAAUUAUAUACAUACUCUAAGAAAAGAAGAGAAAAAAGAUUUUAUUUAAAAUGCAAGCAUCUUAUUACAAGAGAAACUAUUAGAAAAUAAAUUAAUUCAACUUUGUUAUUAAACUUAAUAAUUAUUAAAUAAAUCUGAUUAAUUGGAAUUACUAAAUAAAAUACUUUUUGAAAAUUUGAAACAACAUCAAAACGAUCAUAAUAAUAUGCAGGUAUGAAAAAUUAUAUGUAAGGAAAGAAAAGUCUUGAUGGAAAAGCUAGAGCAAAUAAUAAUGAUGCAAAAGAAAUAAGAAAAACAAUUAAAUUAAUUUAAGUAAUUGUACUAAGUUAAUAAUGAGGGUAGAAGGGUGAAAACUUAAACAUCCAAUCCAUAAUUGAUACUAUCCUUAAAUUAAGGCUAUUUAGGAUUGAAAAUUUGA